GUGGAGCAGACAGCUGUUUUAAACCAUGUUUCACCUGCUGCUGCUGGCCGGUGUCGUUCUGGGAGGAUACAUCGUCCUCACACAGACUCUCUUCAAAAGAUCCAAAUGUAAAGGAAACGCAGCGAUGGCCGGUAAGACCGUCAUCAUCACAGGGGGGAACACCGGCAUCGGUAAAGCCACGGCUCUGCACCUGGCCAGGAAGGGAGCCAGAAUCAUCCUCGCCUGCCGAAACCGGGAGAAGGCUGAGGCCGCCAUCGCAGAUAUACAACAGGAAACAGGAAGCACUGACGUUCUCUACAUGCAGCUGGACUUGGCCAGUCUGAGGUCCGUUCGCUGCUUCACUGAAGUUUUCCUGAAAACUGAGUCCAGGCUGGAUCUGCUCAUCAACAAUGCUGGUCUGGUGGCUGACGGGCGGACUGAAGACGGCUUCGGCAUCGAGUUCGGGGUAAACCACCUGGGUCACUUCCUGUUGACCUGCCUGCUGCUGCAGCGAAUGAAGGAGGCGGGAGGAGGACGAGUGGUCACUUUGUCCUCCAUGGCUUACCGCUGGGGACACAUUGACUUUGAGGCUCUGGCGGUGAACAAACACCUGGGCACGGGCAGGUACAGCUGGCAGUUCUUCCAGGCCUACUGCAACAGCAAAUUGUGUAACGUGCUCUUCACCCACGAGCUCGCCAAGAGGCUGAAAGGGACCAACGUGACCUGCUACAGUGUCCACCCAGGUGUGGUCCGGACCGAGCUGUCGCGUCACGUCAGCCUGUGGCAGAAGGUUUUCAUCGAACCGGUGGCCCAGCUGCUGUUCCUGGACCCGGAGGCCGGAGCCCAGACCACGCUGCACUGCUCCCUGCAGGAAGGAAUCGAACCUCUGAGCGGACGUUACUUCUCCUGCUGCGCCGUGCAGGAAGUUUCUGCCCGGGCCCAAGAUGACGCCGUGGCCCGGAAACUAUGGGAGGUCAGCGAGACGCUCUGUGGACUGUCUUAAGGUGGAAUGACCACAAAGGACUUUUUCCUCUACCUUAAACGGAUUGUUCAGUCCCUGAGCAAGAACUCUGCCUCAGUUUAAACCGGUUUAGUCUGGUGUUGAUGUGGAGUUUGCCUUUCUGUAUUCACCAAUGUAAUUAUAUUAAUACAAAUCCUUUGUGAACA